AUGGGCGGCAAAUUACAAAUGCUGAAAACAGUCAUACUUUUGAUGUGCUGCGAUUCGAUUUGGGGUGGUCUCGCCCCAAGCAAACAUACGUGGACAUAUAACAUCAGAUCGACCAGAAUGUCAACCAGCAAUGAGUCGGUGGCCGGUGGUGAAACUCAUCUGAAUCGCGAGGGUCGCGGGGAAUACAGUAUGAGUGGCAACUUGUACUUUAACGUGGACGUUCCAGAGGAGUUCGAGGUCAUGGCUAGUAUCUAUCGCAGCAACGAUGGUGGCGCCACCUAUAAACUCGAACCCUAUUCCGUACCGCGCACGGGAGUCUACACGGCGAUUAACACCUUCUACAAGGACAUUGUCAUGUCAUCGGCAGCGAAAUGCUCGAAUUUUCCGCAAUUCGAGGGCAAACUCGAACACGUUGCUGCUCAGAAAUUUACGUACGACAGGUGCAUCUUGAGCAACGAUGGAUUUCCCACGUAUGUGUCCGAUGGCAUUUACAAAUUCGAGGUUAAGACCUUCGGUAUGGUGGAGCUCUUUUUUGAGGCCAUCGUCGUAGUGGAGCAGAAAACCUUCUGAUCUGCAUGCAAUUGCAUUAUCACUAACAUGUUUACUGUACUUUUAAGUAAUAUUUUUUAAGCGGUAAGGGAGCAUCAAGCAAUUGAGAUAAACUGUUUACACUCUGCUGCAUAAAUGGUAAUGGAAAAAGCC